AGUUCGAGACGCGCUGCGGAUCUCAGGACCGUCCGAGCGAUUCUGAACAGUUUCACAAAGUUUGAGUAUUUAUUGGCGGAGCGCGCCGACGUGUCAGGCUCCACUACCGACGUGCCGCCGCACUGCCGAGCUGUUGCGGGGUGAACAUCACAUCAGACGGAGUGAGUCAUCCUCUCUCCCCGCCGCGAUCCACGCCGUAAAUCUAAUCAUCAAUCAGCCGCUUUCGCCGCCCACUACUCGGCCGGUGCGGGCCCACGAGCGCGUCCGGCCGGCGGCGUCCGCGCGUGACAUCGGCUGCGAAGCAAACGCAAAGCGGAACAUGUGAAAACAGUCAUUUUCGGACGCGGAGGGUUUUGGUUUUUUUCCCCCUUUCAUUCACAUUUUGGGAGGAGGAGGGGAGCUUCCUCGUGACGUCGGGUGGAAUACCGCCACCACGUGACGAUGACGUCGUCGAUAUUUUGGUGAAACAUCAGGAAGUGCGGAAGAAGAAGGCGACGACCGAAACUCGACAGCCCGACGUUGUCCUCGCGGCUCCUGCCCAAUUGCUGUACUUUCUGCCGGUUGCUCGUAAGGAUUCAAACGUGUAGCUGUUGGAUUCGCGAAGAGCCGCCUCAAGAUGCCGAGUAUGGAGAAAAAUCUCUUCAAUUUGAGGUUUGCUGCCAAAGAACUUCAAAGAAACUCCAAAAAAUGUGACAAAGAAGAAAAACUAGAGAAGGCUAAAGUCAAAAAAGCUAUUCAGAAAGGAAAUAUGGAAGUGGCAAGGAUCCAUGCAGAGAACGCCAUCCGACAGAAGAACCAGUCCGUAAACUUCCUGAGGAUGAGCGCUCGGGUAGAUGCCGUGGCAGCGAGGGUACAGACUGCAGUGACGAUGAACCAGGUCACUAAAUCCAUGGCUGCUGUAGUGAAAGGCAUGGAUUCCACCCUGAAGAGUAUGAAUCUGGAAAAGAUUUCAGGUCUCAUGGAUAAAUUUGAACACCAGUUUGAAACUCUGGAUGUUCAGACGGCCCAAAUGGAGGACACCAUGAGCAGCACAACAACCCUAACAACACCACAGAAUCAAGUGGAGUCACUGCUGCAUGAAAUGGCUGAUGAAGCAGGAUUGGACCUCAACAUGGAGCUCCCUCAGGGCCAGACAGGGUCAGUGGGUGCCAGCGUGGCCUCUACAGAACAGGAUGAACUUUCUCAAAGGCUUGCCAAACUCAGAGAUCAAGUGUAAAGGACAUCUGCAGUGGACAUCGCCCCAGAAUGCAGAGCUCUGAAAACCUGUACACUACCUGAAUAAUUAUUUCAUACAUUUUAUUUGCAUUUCUUUUUCUGCUUUACACCCCUUGAGCCUUUGUUGAGGAGUUACUGGAUAAUUGUUUUGUUUUUUCAUUAACAAUGGCCCGUGUUGGUUCGAAGUUCAUAUUAACUUUUAGAAUGAUUCAAUUUGUUCUUUAAAUGCAUUUCUGUAAACUAACAGAAUUGCUGUUGCAGAGAUAUUGACAUUUAAUUUGCCAGUGAGGAUAACCUGGUGUUUUGGUAAAUGCAUAUCUGUCAAAACUCUGUAUAUUAAAAUAAUAUUCAUCACAACAUUAUUAUUCUGUAUUUAUAAGCCAAUUCUAUAUGCGUGAAUAAGACCAUUUCUUUUUCAUUAUAUCUGUAAAUUUGCAGAAAACCUGUGAAUUUUCUUUUCUCUGUAUCAGUGUAAGUCCUUCCCACUAUUGGUGAAUAGACAUUUUGUUGUACUUUACUUCUGCAGAAUAUUUUAAGAAGAUACUGGAUGACAAGCACGUGUGUUUGUGUGGUCAACUCCAGAAUUAUCACUGUUCAAUUGGGAAGGGGUUAUAGUUUGGAGAUUACAUACAGUAAUACAAUAAGUAAACAAUAAAGUUUUAUAAUGCUUUUAUCUCAUUGGCUUGUUAAUGUAUAAUAAGCAAUCACUUAAUAAAUUCAAUAAUAAGGCAAUGUA